GGCACAGAGCCACGCGACCACAGACGAGACGCUGGGCCCGACACACGCCAACAACGCGUCACCAACCCAUCACAUCACCUCUCGGAUCUCUUGUACGAGGGGCGACCAUGUCUGCAGUUGUGUACGAAGAAGUGGCGUUGGAGGAGAUGGAGUACAACGACUCGGAGCAGAUGUACUACUACGAGUGCCCCUGUGGCGACAAGUUCGAGAUCUCCCUCGAGGAUCUGUACGACGGAGAGGACAUCGCGCCGUGUCCCAGCUGCACGCUGCAAAUCAAGGUCCUCUUCGAAGAGAGCGAACUGCCGGAGCUGAGACCAGAGGAAGAAGAGGAAGAGCAUAGGCACGACAGCCGAGGAGGCGAACCGGUUGUCGUGGCAUCGACGCUCGUAGAGGCGCAGGCGUAGGAGUCCACCCGGCGUGCCGUCUUUCAUUUCGGUUGGAGUGUCUCUUGCUGCUUUGGAAUGGUUCUGCUCCACCGUGACCUUUUGUUGUUUUUUCUCUCCCUAUAGUGAACCUAGCAAGGGUUUGUCGCUUUCGAAUUCCACGGGGGUGCGGGCGACAUCGAUGGCGGCGUAGCAAAUACCACCUCUGGAGUCUUUGCUUCGGCGCAGUGUAGGCGAGCCCGGAGAAGCCCCACGCCUCCCCGCACCGCUUGCGGCGUACCUCGUUGUUUCAGUUUGUAGAUAGAAGUGAUUGUUUGAUUCGUACCGCUCUGCAGCUGCUUCCUCGCUGGCGCCAGGCUCACAUGCUUACGAACGGCCCAAUGUCCACGUCCCCUGCGCGUCAUGUGUAAUCUUGCCCUGAGCUUCUCCGCUGCCACCCCGUAGAAAACAUCCACCAGCAGAUAUUGGUGAUGGUAGGCAGUAACAGGGGGGAGGCGAUGCUGGACGAGUCGCUGGCGUAGCAUGCGACGACCGUCAUUUUCGGCGUGUUGAUGUGAUGUACUGUGUUUGGGGGGUUAUUUCUGGUGCAAUCUCUUGUCAUGUCUGUAGCUCCGCUGUGCGUGAUUUCUUCGAUGUUGUGCGUGGGCGAAUACUACUGAGAGUUUAUGACGACCUCUGUUUAAGUUAUGCCAGAUAGAUGCGAUUAGGGUGGCACUGAUUCUACGUACUGCAGAUCCGGCUGUGAAGCUAGUAUCGAUCGACAUGGCGCAGAUCAAACUGCGAUGUAUAGAAGCCAAAAUCAAACCAUUGGACUAAUC